GUAUUUUUAUGUUAUUAUUGUCUUAUGUCGUCUAAAAACAAUGUUUUGUUACUUAACAAUUUAAAACUAACUCCACAAAACUCGUAAAAUUUUUUGACAUAUUUAAACUGUGAAGAUGAAAAAAAAAUAAUAUAUUGCAGAAAAAAAAAAAGUUAUCUUACAAAUCAACACAAAGAGAAUCAUCUGCAUAAAUUAUUUCUUAUAAAAAAAUUUUUAAAAAAAUAACCUAAAAAAAAUAAGAGAAAUUUUUUUCUCCAACAAUAUUGUGAAAUGGAUAAUUAUUCAGCACCGAGGUAUGAAACAAAAAUAGAAUCGUUCGACACGUGUAUGAUUGAUGUCCAAGGAAGAGACAUAACAGCUGGAGUAGUCAGCCAGAGUCACCAAGGAACGAGAUACGACAAUGAUCACACCGAUAACAAUGAAGCGACGCCGAUCCGGGAACAGGACCAUGAACAGCGUCACACGAUUCAAAUAACGACGAUACAAAACACCACGGGCCAGAACAUGACUUUGACACCUAUAAGACUGCCGGCUAUUUUGGACGGGGAAUUUUUUUCAGUUGUCAGAGUCGAUGAUACCAAUGUCACUGUUCGCUGUCAGCAGUGUAGUAAAUUGCUCAACGGGAAUCUUAAAUCUACGGGGAAUUUUUUGAGUCACAUUAAAAGAGUACAUCCCACGAUAAUUGAUAAAAUAAAAUGCAAGUCAAAUCAACGUAAGCCAGCAAUAGCAUAUGUUGACAUGUCAUCGGAAAAAUCUCCUGAAAUAAUAAAAACUAAGCGGGGUUACCGGAAAUGUUCGAAACAAGAAGAAGAGCCGCAAGUCAACAGCGAGGAAGUGUUCGACCCAAAUCCAGAAAUGUGGAUCGAAACGACUCCAAAUAAAAAACGAAAGGACGAGUCGGAUGCCGACAUGAAUAAGUUCUUGAAUUCGAGCAACACGUCCACUAUCGCAGACGAGUUUGACGCAAUUGGGAAAAAUGUUGCUGCUAAAUUACGCGGUAUGAGGUUGGACCAGAGGAUAGUAGCUGAGAAGCUCAUUAACGAUGUGCUGUUUGAGGCCCAGCUCUGUACCCUUCACCGAGACUCAAGUCUUCAAGUUUAAUCUAAUUAUUAUUUGAUAAAUAAUUCCAUUAAGUUAAAUUAUACUUAUGAGAUUUGAUAA